AUGUGUCUCUUGGAAGCCAAAAAGGUGGAAUAUUCUGUCUCUAGAGAUGCAAUCAGCUCUCUUCCAGAUGACAUGCUUGCUAAGAUAUUGUCUGAUCUUCCCACAAAACUAGUUGUUUCCACGUCUGUCCUCUCCAAAAGGUGGAGGAAUCUGUUUUCAUUGAUGAGUUCUCAACAUCAUUAUUAUUUAGGCGACUCUGAUUUACUUUAUCAUAUGGUAGAGAUCGGUGGUACAUAUUCAUACCCAUUUAUAGUGAUAAAGAGAGAUCUGCACCAGAAGUUCAGAGAUUUCGUGGGAAAAACACUUUCCGGUUGCACCUCCAUGAAGAAACUCUCGCUGAAAUGUCAAGAUGGUCUUAUCAGUUUCCCUCUAGUCAACAAAUGGAUAGGCAUUGCCUUGGACAAAGGUCUCGUGGAUCUUGAUCUGCGUCUAACAACGGGAGAGGCUAAAGAGGCCAAUUUUUUCACUAACAUGACUGUCUUCACAAACAAGACGCUGGUUAAGCUAACUUUAGGAAUAGAGAUUGGUGAUCAUCUCUUUCUACCAUAUGUUUUUGAAGUGUCUCUUCCAGUGCUAAAGAGUCUCUCCAUCCAUGGAGUUUGGUACAUAUGCGAGCACCUGUGCAGCAUAAUGCUUCUUGGUUGUCCAAUACUUGAGGAACUCUCCUUAGAAUAUUACAUACCCAGUAAGCGAAAAAGGGGAGUAACUUGGUGUGUCUUUGCUAUAUCCCACAAAUCCCUCAAGAGACUCACAGUUCACCAAAAGAGCCUUUUGGAAAACUAUCGAGUCACGACAUUGGACACACCGAGUCUUGUUUACCUCGAUUUCUCUGGUCGCGCUCCUACCAAGUUGAAGUCAACUGCCAAUUUCGUGGAUUCCCUUGUCGAAGCCAAACUAGAUGUUGUAAUGCUAGAGAUACCGCAACGACGUGCAUAUCUAUCUACGAUGAUUAACUGGAUACGCAACGUUAAGAACCUUUCCCUCUCUUGUUCUACUGUUAAGGAAAUGUAUAGAAGCCGUAUGGUAGUACCUUCCUUUGUAAAUCUUGUUAAGCUUUCUAUAGAGAGUAAUACAAAACAAGGUUGGCAGGUGCUUCCGAGUCUGCUCAACAAAUCUCCACAACUUGAAACUUUGGUCCUCGAGGGCUUGCAUUGUAUAAGUAGUGAGGGAGUCGACAUUGAUCCAAGGGAAGUGAAGGUGCUGGAGAUACAUGGGUUUAGAGGAAGUUUUGGAGAAUUUAGACAAUGCAAGCACUUUUUAUGUCAAAUGAAGCUUCUUCAAGUGAUGAAAGUGGAAAUUGAUGCCGUUGGUGACAAGAAAUUCCAAGUCACCAGUGACCUUCUUGCUCUUCCUUUUGCUCUUCCUUUUAAGCGUGCAUCUAAAUGCAAAAUCCAGUUCUUGUGA